AUGGCCGCGCUCACCACCCUGGCCUCCGCCGCCGUGCUGGCCGUCCUGGCGCCGGUCUGGCACCUGGCUGGGCGCGCCACGCAACGCCUGCAGCUGCCCGCCAUCACCGGCAUGAUUCUGGCUGGCGUGGCCAGCGGGCCACAGGCCCUGGGCCUGCUGGGACCCCUGGGGCUGCAGAGCCUCGCGCCAGUGCAGCACCUCUGCCUGUCGCUCAUAGCACUGUCAGCGGGCGCGGAGCUGCACCUGCCGGAGCUGCGGCGGCUGAGGAAGCAGGUGGCGUGCAUCACAGCGGGCAUCAGCUUGUGCUCCUGGCUGCUGGUCUACACCUGCAUGCGGCUCCUGGCGGGAAGCAUCCCGUUCAUGCAGCCGCUGUCGCGAGGCGACGUGGCUGCCGUGUGCACCCUGGCCGCCACGCUGGCGGUCGCCAGGUCACCCGCGUCAGCGAUUGCGGUGCUCAAGGAAACCGAGGGCAAGGGCCCCUACUGCAGCCUGGUGAUGGCGGUGGUGGUGGUCAAGGAUGUGCUCCUCUUUGCCGCCUUUGCAGUCAACAUCGAGCUGUUCAGAGCGGUGGGCAAGGCAUCGGACAGCGGCGUGCUGUUCUGGCUGCUGGCGGGGCCGGUGGUCAGCAUCGCCCUAUCGGUUGCGCUGGGGGGCGCGGCCGGGUACGCGCUGUCCAAGCUGCUCCGCACGCGGCACAGCAGCAUCAUCAGCAUCGCCGCCGCCGCGGUCACGCACCCUGCGGGCGGCGCCGCUGCCGCCGGAGCAGGGCACGGCCAUGCCGCCGCCGCGACGCACGCCGGUGGGCCCCGGGCCGCGGCGCUGGUCCGCUUCCUGCGCCACCCCUCGGCCCUGCGCCUGCGCCCUGCGGUGCCGCUGCUGCUGUCGGGGCUGACUUUUGGCCUGGCGGAGAGCGGCGGCGCGGAGCCUCUGCUGGCGUGCGUGGCAGCAGGCCUGGUGGCCUCCAACUGGCGCGGUGAGCAGCAGCAGGGGCGGGACGCCGCAGAGCUGCUGUCUUCCGACCUAAGCCGCCUGGCUCCGCUCAUCAACGCCCUCUUCUUUGGCAUGGUGGGCGCAUCGAUCAAGCUCACAGCCGUGCGCGACACGCUGUGGGCGGCGGUCAUCCUGUAUGUCGUGCGCCUCGCGGCGGUGUGGGUGGGGUGCUGGCUGGGGGCCGAGGUGUCGGCCACACCGCACGACACCUCGCAGCGCCUGUGGAUGGGCAUGAUCACGCAGGCUGGCAUAGCGCUGGGCCUGGCGCAGGCGGUGGCGGCGCCGCUGAUGGCCGGCGUGGUCAUCAUGAACCUGCUCACCGGCCCGCCUCUGUUCAAGGCGGCUGUGGUGGCGGCUGGGGAGUCGCGUGCCGCGUCACUGCCGGUGCUGCAAACGGAGAUGCAGCACCGCGGUGGCGGCGGCAAGAUGGGCAAGGAUGGCGGGCCGGAGGGCGGCGAGAUGCGGCGCACCGGCAGCAAUGCGGCCGCCCCCAGCGUCCACAUCCCGCUGCCCACCAUCCCCAUCCUGAAUGCCUAG